CUCAAUUUCUGUUAGUUCCACAUGUAUUCCCAGGGAUGAACUAAAAAUUUACGACUCGGAUUCACGAUGCCCUUUCUUCUCAGGGACUGCAAUCAUGUUGUUCUCCAAUUCCAUUAUAGCCAUUCUCGCCUAUUCAGUCUCGAUCCCGGUUGUCUUCGCACAAAUUUCUCCAGCACAACUCGAGCCACUUAUCACAGGAUUAGCGCAGAAGCCUUCUUCUAAUGAUCUCGAUAAACGCGUUCCUUUGAUGACCGAUGAUCCCACCGUCGCUCCGUUAAUCGAUCUGCAAGUGUUCGCACCUCCUGUAGCACCGAAGGGCGGGAAAAGUUGUCAGGUCGAGCUCUUGCAGCACAGUUUUGGUAACGGGUCGUUCAAUGUUCCAGCGGUGGUACCGUACAGCCCGCCUACGGGAGAAGGUUGUGGAGAAGUGGGAAGAUGGGCUACUAUUAGUCUGAACUUGUCCGUUUCGUGUAUCGGGACUCAGUAUGACCGGCUUGGCGUGAGCAUACUCCAUUCUUGACCCGCAAUUUGUACUCAAGAAGCUACGAAAGUCGAUAUAUCUCUCCAAUGUUGAAAGUACGGCGUUCUAAAUUUCUUGCCAUACACAUUAUGAUGAUUGGACUUUAGUUUGGCGAACUUCGAGCGCUGAACCCACGAAAACCGGGACUAUAUGGAAUACGAUUAAAGAUGUUACCCACUUCACCCCCUUGUUUGCCAAAGAGGGCGAGCUUCUGAUGGAUUUCGACGACAUCAUCUCAGCAGAACUACUGCUCGACGGUGUUUUCAACGUGGUCUUGACUGCUACGUUCUAUGCCCCCACGGAAUCUUUCCAGACUCCCAAAACUUCAGACUUGAUAUUGCCGCUCUCGAACCUCUCCCCAAAUACGUCGAACUAUUUCACAAUUGAUAACGAUCUGGGCGGAACUACUCAAGUUAAAAUCCCUGAUACAACAACGGAAAUAUACGCGGAGAUUUUCUGUUCGGGAAAUUCGGCUGAGGAAUUUUGGUAUACCAACACUCCAGAUGAAUUCCUUAGCGCCUUCCCAGAAUCUACGGGUCUCAUCGGGAAAGGCUCGUUCCGAGAAGUUCAGCUCCUCGUCGACGGUCAACUUGCAGGUGUCGUUUGGCCGUACGCCGUUAUCUACACGGGUGGUAUCACUCCGACAAACUGGCGCCCAUUGACCGCCUAUGGGACGUAUGAUGCUCCUACGUAUUGGAUCGAUAUCACCCCUUUCCUACCGGUUCUUCUCACUGAAGAUACAGCUCACAACAUAACGUUGAAAGUAGUCGGACAAGGGCGGAACCCUACGAUCAACUCCAAUUGGUUCAUUUCGGGAAGUCUGCACAUCCGUACUGGUCGUUCGAAGACCACUGGUCGAAUAACGUCGUAUAAUGUUCCGGAUGCUGAGGUGUCCACUACCGGUGGAUCGUCAGACGGGAAUGUUACGGUUUGGACGACGAUUACUGCUCGUAGGAAUUUGAAGAUUGAAACUGAGCUGAAAACGGACGAAGGCGACGUGACUGUGACGUUCCAGCAGUCGUUGAACUAUAUCAAUGAAGCACGAUAUGCUGAUGAGGGGUGGCUACAGUGGGUAAACCAGACGACCACCGGGUCGGUAACUUCCACUCAUGGAGGCCGAAAGGCCUUGGAUGAUGCGUUCACGUAUCCGGUGCAAGUUGCUUCGAACUACUCGUUGUUUACUCAGCAAUUUGGUGGCUACGGAUCCGAAAUCCACCAAUCUCACAUUCGUGCACUUCAACCCCCGACAGCUGGAUACCGAGCCAUACGGUCCAUCCAACACGCGCAAGGUUGGGUGAACAUGGACGAUUGGCCUGGUUUGAGGCAUGCUAUCAAUGGAUCAGGUGCUACGGAGCAAACGUUUGCUUAUGCUGAUGAUAGAGGAGAGACUUAUUUUCGUGAUGUUGCGACCAAGAAUGAUGGAUGGGUUAAAGAUGACGUGUGGGGUACGUUGAGAGAUGGAAAUCCUCCCGUGCCUCCAAAUCAGAUCUUUGGACCGGGUGGUGGACCGGGGUUCAGGAGGAAUGUAGGGAGAAAUGCGAGGUUCUCUCGUUCGCUCUGAAGUAGUCAUCUAUAAUAUUAUUGACUCCCUAUGGAACGACAGUUUGAGCUUCAACUUGGACAAUGUCACACUUCCGUCC